AUUAUACAGGUAGUGAAUCGUCUCAAAAUCUAGGGCUUAGAAUAGGAGAGACUCUCAUUGUUUGCAACCCUCUUCUUCUCCUUUACUCUUCUUUGCAUCCUGCCUCAAGAAAUGACGCCGCCGCCUGGACUCUACUCCGGCACCAGCACCUUCGCCCUGGUGGCUCGUGUGUCCGCUUUCUCUGUCGGUCUUGUGUAUGGGAACCUGAAGCUCAAAUAUCUCAGGGCAAAAGCAAAGUCUCACAAGAAAGCCGAAGCAAAGGCUCAUCACUGAGAAAGAUGGGUUAUUGGAAGUUAGAAAAUCUGAGUUUUGCUGGCAUAUAUUAAUAAUGCAAUUGCAUGGAAUGGAACUGUACCCAAUUAUCAAUUUGAUGUAAAGCUUUUGUAGGCCACGUGCACUGGUUAUUAUCUUUUCAAGGCUUUUUGGUGGAGGUUUGUAACCUAGUCUUUUGAGAAUAGUUUACGUAGCCUGCCCUGGCAUUGCUUAACUGACACUUAAAUGUUGGAAGAUUUCCUUGAUUGAAAUAAUAAAUAUCCGACUUUCCCCGAUUGAAAUAA